GGCGGCGGCGCGGCAUCGGGCGCGGGGCUGCGGUGCGCGAGAGGCGGCGGGAGGUGAUGCCGCACAGCCCAGCCACGGUCCCGGCGGAGGCAUGAGGCGCGCGGAGCGGGCGGGGAGCGGAGCGGCACAGCUCGGCUCCUCCACGCCCUGAGCGGAGCCUCCGCGCCGCGCUCCCGCAGAGCGACUAUGGCCGGGGGAAGGAGAGGGCUGGUGGCGCCUCAGAACACGUUCCUGGAGAACAUCGUGCGGAGGUCUAACGAUACUAAUUUUGUCUUGGGCAAUGCCCAGAUAGUGGAUUGGCCCAUUGUGUACAGCAACGAUGGAUUUUGCAAGCUAUCAGGAUAUCACAGAGCAGAAGUUAUGCAAAAAAGCAGCACCUGCAGUUUUAUGUAUGGAGAGCUGACAGACAAAGAUACAAUUGACAAAGUCCGGCAGACAUUUGACAACUAUGAGAUGAAUUCCUUUGAAAUCCUGAUGUACAAGAAGAACAGAACACCUGUCUGGUUCUUUGUGAAAAUUGCUCCAAUCCGAAAUGAGCAGGAUAAAGUGGUUUUAUUUCUUUGCACUUUCAAUGACAUAACGGCUUUCAAGCAGCCCAUUGAGGAUGAUUCAUGUAAAGGUUGGGGAAAGUUUGCUCGCCUGACCCGUGCCCUCACAAGCAGCCGAGGUGUGCUGCAGCAGCUUGCUCCGAGUGUGCAGAAAGGAGAGAAUGUUCACAAGCACUCACGACUUGCUGAGGUACUGCAGCUGGGCUCCGAAAUUCUACCACAGUACAAACAAGAAGCACCAAAGACUCCGCCACAUAUAAUUUUGCAUUAUUGUGUUUUCAAGACUACCUGGGACUGGAUCAUCUUGAUUUUAACUUUCUACACUGCUAUUUUGGUCCCUUACAAUGUCUCCUUUAAAACCAAACAGAACAAUGUGGCAUGGCUAGUAGUGGACAGCAUUGUAGAUGUCAUUUUUUUGGUAGACAUCGUACUUAAUUUCCAUACCACCUUUGUGGGGCCAGCAGGAGAGGUGAUCUCUGACCCAAAGCUGAUUCGCAUGAAUUACCUGAAGACCUGGUUUGUGAUCGAUCUGCUCUCAUGCUUGCCAUAUGAUGUGAUCAAUGCAUUUGAGAAUGUCGAUGAGGGCAUCAGUAGCCUCUUCAGUUCACUUAAAGUGGUCAGACUACUUCGUCUGGGUCGUGUUGCUCGGAAACUGGAUCACUACAUAGAAUAUGGAGCAGCAGUCUUGGUUCUGCUGGUGUGUGUAUUUGGUCUUGCAGCACACUGGUUGGCCUGCAUUUGGUACAGCAUAGGAGAUUAUGAAGUUAUCGAUGAGGAUACAAACACAAUCCGAACUGAGAGCUGGCUCUAUCAGCUGGGAAUGUCAAUAGGAACACCGUACCGUUUUAACACAUCUGGCUUUGGAAAAUGGGAAGGUGGGCCAAGCAAGGAUUCUGUCUACAUCUCCUCAUUGUAUUUUACAAUGACCAGCCUCACCAGUGUUGGAUUUGGAAACAUUGCACCCACUACAGAUGGGGAGAAGAUCUUUGCUGUUGCAAUGAUGAUGAUUGGCUCCCUUCUGUAUGCAACCAUUUUUGGUAAUGUGACAACCAUAUUUCAGCAAAUGUAUGCUAAUACCAACAGAUAUCAUGAAAUGCUGAACAGUGUCCGAGACUUUCUAAAGCUCUACCAGGUCCCUAAAGGACUCAGUGAACGUGUGAUGGAUUACAUUGUCUCCACCUGGUCAAUGUCCAGAGGAAUAGAUACUGAAAAGGUUUUGCAGAUAUGCCCUAAGGACAUGAGAGCAGAUAUUUGUGUUCAUCUGAACCGCAAAGUUUUCAAAGAGCACCCAGCCUUUAGGCUGGCAAGCGAUGGGUGCCUUCGAGCACUUGCAAUGGAAUUUCAGACAGUGCACUGUGCCCCAGGAGACCUGAUCUACCAUGCUGGUGAGAGCGUCGACAGCCUUUGCUUUGUGGUUUCGGGGUCUUUGGAAGUAAUCCAGGAUGACGAGGUUGUUGCUAUAUUGGGCAAAGGAGAUGUUUUUGGUGAUGUCUUCUGGAAGGAGUCUACCCUUGCUCAGUCCUGUGCAAAUGUAAGGGCUUUGACCUACUGUGAUCUUCAUGUGAUUAAGAGAGAUGCCUUGCAGAAAGUGCUGGAGUUCUAUACAGCCUUUUCACACUCCUUCUCCAGAAAUCUCAUUUUGACUUACAACUUGAGAAAAAGAAUUGUAUUCCGGAAAAUCAGCGAUGUGAAACGAGAAGAAGAGGAGAGAAUGAAAAGGAAGAAUGAAGCCCCCCUGAUUUUGCCACCAGAUCACCCUGUCCGCCGACUGUUUCAGAGGUUCAGGCAGCAGAAGGAGGCACGGCUCGCAGCAGAGAGAGGCAGAGAUCCAGACGACCUGGAUGUGGAGAAGGGCAACAUCCUUGGUGAGCACUCCUCCACACGCUCAGUGGUCAAAGCCAGUGUUGUGACCGUAAGGGAGAGCCCUGCAACCCCUGUGUCAUAUCAGUCGGCUUCAACCUCCGGGACAUCCGACCAGGCGAAGCUUCAAGCACCCACAUCAGAGUACACAGGAUGUAAAGCAUCAGGGGAUUACCCCCGGAGAAAAGGCUGGGCCAAAUUCAAAGAGGCCUGUGGGAAGGGUGAAGACUGGAACAAAGUCUCUAAAGCGGAAUCUAUGGAGACGUUACCAGAGAGAACUAAAGCUUCAGGAGAAGCUACCCUGAAGAAGACAGACUCUUGUGACAGUGGCAUUACAAAAAGCGACUUGCGCUUGGAUAAUGUUGGGGAGACAAGAAGCCCACAGGACCGCAGCCCAGUCCUCACCGAGGUCAAGCAUUCCUUUUAUCCUAUCCCAGAACAGACUCUUCAGGCUACCAUGCUAGAAGUUAAACACGAGUUGAAAGAGGACAUCAAGGCUUUAAACACAAAAAUGACCAAUAUAGAAAAACAGCUCGCUGAGAUACUUAGGAUAUUGACCUCAAGAAGAAGCUCCCAGUCACCACAGGAGUUGUUUGAAAUAUCAAGGCCCCAGUCUCCAGAAUCAGAAAAAGACAUGUUUGGAGCUAGCUGAGGUGUUUCUUUAUAAAAAACGGUCAAUCAAACAAACAAACACCCCCCUAACAUUUUAAAUUUAAUCUUGAAAACAAGUGAGGGACCAAUUCACUAAGCAUGUUCCCUGUGUCUAAAAAGGUACAGUAGCAGGAAUUGCAACCUCAUGUCAAGAUGGCAGCUGGCUCUGAAGUCUUUUUGACAGCAAGGGUACAGUUUAUAAAGCUUUUCUUUUCUCCAUUGGUGCCCAUUCUCCCUACUCCCUCUUUCUCCCUCAGGAUGUUGGAAUAAGAGCUCCGAAAGCAGCAGCCACCCCCGUGAGCGCCAGGUGACCUCUUAGGUUUUUGGAGCAUGCCUUAUGUAGUUAGCUCAGUUUUUGCCUAUACAAAUAAGGACUGGCCAGGGUGCUUGUGCUUUCAGCAUUUUAAUUCUUUUUUUUUUUGCUGCUGCUGUUGUCACUGUCUCAGUCACCUGUACGGCAUGUUAAAUGCCACAGUAUAUUUUCACGUCCUCAUAAUAAAGCAAAGAGGAGCAGAAUUUGUGGUACUCAACACCAAAGUUACUUUUGGAUAGUUAAGGGAGAGCUCAAAAGAUGGGGGGAAAAAUGUAAAACAAACAAAAACAAACAAACAAACAAAAAGCCAUCCUCUAGUUUGCUAGUAAACGGGUUCAUCCACAUUUUCAUUCUUCGAGUCAGGAUAUUGAUUAUCAAAAUCUUGACUUCUGUCUCAGAUGUCAUAGAACAUUACCUUUGUUUUUAACUCGUGCUGGGGGAUGGAGGUUUGGGUGGGCAGUGUGCCUGCAGAACACGCAGAACACUUUCUGCCCACUGCAGAUUGUACUGUGCAUCAGUGUCAAUAGCUGUUCUGCAGAUUUGCCUCCCUGUGAAAAUAUACUGUAGCAAUUACGUUCUGUUUUUGCUAUGAAUCUGCUCUUUUAAUUCUUGUUAAAUUAUUGUUCAGAAUUUUCUGUCUCGGUAAUGUUUGUUGUAGCCAAAGGCUUUCACAGAACUUUCAGAGAUUUUAGAUUGUGGCAUUUUUUUCUAGAUCCAGAUGUAUUGUUCUUGAUCUAUCUAGAAAGUAAAUGGAGGUAGAAAUACAGCGCUUACUGUAUACAAGUGCUUUUGUAGCAAGGAAACAAGAAGAUCUGCUUCUUAAAGAAGGAGAUGUUUCCAGAACUUAUAUUUUCGUAUCUUUUUUGGAGGAAGAUUGAAGCACUUUACCAAAACAACUGCUCAUUAUUCAUUAGUUAGGGUAGCGUAGAAGAUUCCAUGGCAUUCCAUAGGUAUGGAUCUGCAGUAAAUUCUCACCACUGGUCUGGUACGCUCACUAUUUAGCUGUAGGUUACUGUCUAGAAGCAUGGUGCAGCACUUUUGAGGUUUUCAUUCUUAAUGGCAGUAGGUCCUAACACACUCUGGGAGCAGUUCUCAUUCUUUUUCUAUGGUACUAAGUCACUUACAUAAUAAAAACUCACUUAGGUUUUGGGAGGAGAUUUUGGAUUUGGGUUAAGUAAGGAAGAAAGAGGGGAAAUGACCAAUUAGGAAGGAUUUCUGGUGACCUAAUGCUUGCAUGAGGCCAUGCAGAACUGUGUCAUAUAUCCCUGGGGAAGUGGAAGGCCCACUGGUGAAGCUGCACACACAGCACACACAGUAUUGGGGCUGUGCUGUGUAAAGCUACGAGCUCAGGCCUUGAAGGCAGUAUGUUUGUUGUAUCUAUUCUGAGGGCAGCACUGCGGUUUGCAGCUGGUUUGGGGUUCUCUUUCAAGGGUCUUGCCUGCUUUUUCAGUAUAGAAGUGUCCACAGAUAAUAAAUUCUAAUCAAGGCUUGAAGGAUUCCUGAAACGUGUGUCUGGAUCAAAUCUAUAUGCAACGUUCUACCCCCCCUACAGAUAAGAAAAGGCAUUACAGAAGUGACUUGCUAUGAAACAGUGAAACAGGGGCGCCAUUUCCUAUAUUUAUUUCUGGUUCCAAGUUCGGGUUUGUUCCAGUGGAAGCUGGUGUCUUUUACGGUUAUGUGCUGAGGGUGUACUGAGGAGAGCUCAUUCUGACCAAAGUCACUGUGUGUUUGGUGCUUUAAUUGCUCUGAAUGGCAACAGCUACCUGCAAUAGCUAUGCCAUCUCCGUAAGGAAUCCAUUCAACAGCAGUUUCAGUUAGGAACUACUACAUGGUUUUCCUCUCCAGACUCCUCAGUCAGUAAAUGUAUUGGCAGUGAAAUUUGGUACGAAUAAAUGACAGGUUUGCAAGUAUACAUGUAUUUGUAAUCAGCGCCCUGAAGUUGCAGUGAGGUUUAAAGGGUUCACAUGGUGCCAGUUUUCUAAUCCAGGAAAUUGCUCAUCAGCAUUGUGUUUCUUUUGUAACAUGUUUGAAAGUCUGGAAGUCUUGCUGAACUCAGCUGGCAGCCAGCUACCUGCAGUCUGAUGAACAUGGAAAUUAGCUUAUCCCAGACAGGUGAGAGGGGACAUGUUUGUCGCCCCCCAGGUGUGUGCCUAAUAUCUCAAGUAUUGAGUGCAGACACAGGAUUAGAUGCACAGUUGCAGGUUACCCAGUCCUCUGUCACUGUGUUAAUGUUUCUCAGUGGUAUCUUUCGUGUGUCCUCAGGGAUAUGUAUAAGGUUUUUCUGAUGUUGCUGAUUGCCUAACCCUGAAGUCAUGGCAGGGUUAAUCCUAGAAGCCCCACAGUUACUUGCACCACCACACAUGGUUCUGUGAGUAAAGGAGCACAAGUUCCUGUUUUCUGAGGGUACCCCGAGUGCAGCCUGAAGUUCAGUUCAGUUUGGAACACAGGUACGUGCUGCAUGGCCAGGGCUGGGUGAAGCAUGGAGUCCAUUUUUAAAGGUUUUUAUGAGGCCUUUACAAGACCCUAUAAAAUCAGUUAUAAUCCGCUCGUAGAGGUUUCAAAGAUUGUAAUAUACUCUGGAAUUACACUUAAAAUGUAAUGUCACUGAAGAUUAUGGCCAAAUUUGAUUCUGUUACAGUCAUGAAACUCCAGAAGAACUGUACUCCUUCCAGUGACACCUUCAAGGCAUCUGCUCCAGGUCAGCACUGAAGUGGGCAAUGUCACUGAGAUUUGCACAGCUCUAAGAAGUCAGUCCCAUUCUAUUAUGAUUUCAUGAACUGGCAGGUACUAAAGCUAGUAGUAGAAGACUGCAUCAUCCCUUAGUUACCACUAUGUGUUGCAAAAGAUUUUGAAAAAAUGUAAUGUUUAGGAUGGGCUUUGGUUUUUGGAUUCCCUGGGUGUUAAAUGAGCAAAACCUUGUCUGCUAUGGGACUCCUUUGACCCUCAGACUAGUUUGGACCUGUAGCGUACUGCCCAGGCUCAGCCGAUGAAGAGAGAUUCAUUUAGGGAGUGACUGAAAGCAGCUGUGUUGCAAAUCUGUCUUUUUCCAUUUAGCCUUAAACUUGGAUGCCUAAGGUGUGCAUAUCCACGAUAAUUGUUACUUACUCUUCCAUUUUACUUGUGAGCUUUUCUUUUUUCUCUCUACGUGUUGAGUAAACCUUUCCAUUUAAAUUAUUUUUUGUCUUAGAAACGAAUGACCUCUGAACAUGAGAUUCUGCCCCUUAACAAGAAAGAGGUUGUACAAUCUGUGUUCUGGCACAGUGCUUCUACCAUUUAACUACCUGCUAAACAACCCGUGUUAAUGAACAAGAGAUUGUGUUCCAUUUUUACCCUAUGAUGGAAUGAGAUUUCAGUCAAAAGCUGGUAAUUCAGAGAAAGAGCCUGGGCUCGGAGUUGCUACAAAGGGAGCCUGUACAAGUCUGUACUUAACCAGAAUACCAAUAUGCAGCACAGGAUUUAAAAAGCAAAAACCAGCCCUCAUCCCUUCCGUGUUCAGCUACAUUGACUUCUGUCUGGUAUUACCUGUAUGCUUUUACAAACACCAUUCUUGCUUUAAAUCUCUUUCACAGUGCUGCUCUGAAUCCCAGCGAACACCCUGUUUAGCAGCUUCGAAGGUGAUGUUCUGCUUCUACAGUACUUCAAUUUAAUGAACUGAACAAGAUAUUUACUGUUAAUACCUGGUGAUAUUUUUUCAAUCACUCUAAACCAGUCUGUGAAAGAAUUCACUACGAUUUGUCUUUGCUGUAUAAACAACAACGUGUAUGACUACACUUGUGCAGUUGCGUGAACAUACACGUGUAUAUAUAAUAUCUAUGUAUAGAUAAGUCUAUGGAUUGCAUUUUCGUUAUGUAAAAGCACAUCCUUCAUUUAAUGAUUACAGCUCAAGAAGGGAACUUAAAUCUUCCCCGUAGCUAUCCACUGAAUGUGCUAGCUAGUAUCUUGUUUGUUAAAUGUUGAACUUUCAGGCCAUAUCUUCUGGUUUCUCUAGCAGGUCUCAACUCUGUGCAGUUAGUUUGGCUGAUAUUAUGACUGAGAGCAGGUGCUGUUAGUCAGGAACCAGAAAUUUACAUGAAAUUGGAAAUAAUGCUGUAUCGCAGUUGGUGUGGGGAAUACAGCUCGUAAGCCACUGUUUCUUGCUUGCUCGCGGUACCUCUGAAGCCAAGCUGCCCUGGUGUUGCCUCUCAUGGCUGCUCCUGUGGAACGGGCAGGUUUCUUUUUCUUGGCACUGGGAGUUGUCUCAAGGUGCUGAGCCUGUCCUUCUCCUCACGUGACAUUUGGUCACUGCACUUCUGCUUUCUAGGCCUGGUAUUAGGCGGUGAAGAGCAUCUACUUAGUUCUUCAUUUCUCCGUAGUCUCCUGUGUGUGUAUUGGCAAUAACAAUGUCUGUGUUUCAGCUGCACUUCUGAUUCAUUGAGACAAACGUUUUAGAGAGACACCCGGGCAGGGGAAGCUCCAGAAAUGUGAGGUGAAGUACAGUAGAUUACUGUAUCCUCUAAUCUGACAUACUUUUGACCACAUUGUUGUGGCAAGCAUUGAUUCAACUAAAUAAAAAUGCUUUUUGCAAUAAGAUAUAGCCAACGUUUAGCCUUAAGACCCUUCCACAAGUGAAACAUUUCAAACUGUGAUUCCAUUCUCUUUCCUUCUUCACGUUCUGUAGUAUUUACAGUGUUGCCUAAAGAUAAAGCACUUUGAUUAUCUUUCUAAAUCUAAUGAAAAUCACUUGUUGGUAAUCACGCUUCUUUCUCCACUUAAUGCCUUCUUAUUAGGAUAAUAAAUUACUCCGAUAAUCCUCUCCCUUUCCAAAACAGAGACAUAAUUAUUGUCUGAACACUUUUGUGUUAUUGGGGAUUCAAGCCCGACCCAUCACGAAAGUGUUUCUUUCAAAGACUUUUUUUUACAGUGCAACAAUGCUACUGUGAAUUUACCUGCAACUGUAAUUUGUUGAGAGCUGAUUGUUGAGUGUCGUGUAAACAUAUUUGAUGUGUAAUCCCAGAACAUCUCCAUAACUGGAUUUAAAUGCCUGAUGUCAACAAAGCAGUUUGGGGUUUUCACUCGCUGUUCUGGACGGUGGAUGUCUUUUUCCUUUCCUCCCACCGAAUGUGUGACCACUAACAUACAAAAAGGAUCCUUUUAGCCGUAGAUGAGAGAUGUUCAAUAAUCUUGUAUCAGGAUGAACUGCUAUAUAAA